UAGAGCGAGGUGCAGGGCGGCUCUCCGGGCAGCCCCAUUGCCUGGUUCUUUCCUGUCCUCAUCCAGAAGGGCUCCCAGCAUUGCUUCUUUAUAUUUAUAGCUCCGUGUGUGUGUACAGGUUGUCAGUGAGCAGGGAGAGCUGCUACACAACAACUCUAUAGGGUGUGAAUAAUCUAUGACUCCAGACACGUCUGAGGUUCAUUAUGAAAAUGUAUGCAUGCUUAAGCCUUUAAAGAUAGCUAAUAGGGAGAGGACUGUGAGGAGGGAUUAAGGCAUCGGGAUGCUGAGCCGGAGGAGCAGGAGCUGGGGCUGCACUGUGGGGCCGUGUCCAUCGCUCUCAUUAAGUGCUGGUGAUGAGGGAUUGGGCUGUGGUGAUUCAGGCCCAGUGUGGUUUGGUUUGGGUUUGGGACCAGCUCAUCCAUUGGGAGUCCCUUGCAGCCAAGUGUGUUGAGAGGAGGGGGCAGGCACCAGCCUUGUCAGUGCUUUCCCAUCCUCCUUCCAAAUAGCAGUUGUUCCUUUCUACAGGAUGAGCCAUUCAUCAUCGGGAUGAUUUCUUUCUCUUGAAUAACACCCAAAUCCGGACCUGAACUGCCUCUUUAAAAAUGGAAUUAAGGCUGAUGUGAAUAUUUCCUCUGGCUCUUCUUACCGGGACUUGCACCUCCAGACUUUGAUAGCUUACAUAAUUUCCUGUGAUGGAGAUGUACUUCAUCUAAUUUCACUUUGAAAUACAUUGAUUAAAUCAGAACUGCUGGGAGAUUUAAACUGAGCCUCUGUGGCCUGAACUUAACUGUGGGAGGUUUACCUACCUUUAUCCUUCAACAUUAAUUUGGUUUUGUGAGGAUUCUUCACGAAAUGAGGUUCUGGCUGGCAUGGAGUUGCUGCUGCUCUCUGGUUUUAUCAAUUCCUCUCUCCAGCCUUAGCAACCCACAAUGAAGCCUCCCUGUGGCAUAGAACUGUGGGCUUGGGUGCUGCUGGUGCUCCAGCUGUGGGGCUGUGCUGCCUUGUGCUUUCCCUGAUCUGGGAUAUGGGGCUGGAGCUCCCCCCAUAAGCAGGAACCCCCCUGCUCUCUCCUAUCUUUGCUUUCCAAGCUUCAGCCCCAGGAUGUGACCCCAAGCACAGGAGGAUGCGGCGCUUCCUCGAGUGAUUCAGCCAUUCUGGUACCAAGCAAUGGCAAUAAAAGAAGCAGACAUCAGGCUUGGCAGGAGAUGGAUGCUCAGUUGCAUGGAAAUCAGCACCUCCAGGCACUGCCUGCCCAAGAGCACGGCCCUGCGCUCUGCUGGCUGCGGGGGAGAGAAAGUGCAUGGACUUCAGCUGGGAGAAGCAUGAAAAUGAAGCUCAUUGCUCAAGGAAGGCUUCAUCCUCAGCUCUGAUGCGAGGAGAGGCAGAGCCCAUGCUGUGAGUUUGCUGCUGGCUCGGGUCGGGAUGAGGCAGGCAGCACUGAGCAUGGCAAAGCUUUCCUUCUGAGUGGAUGGAACGUUGCAAAUCCCGCAGCGCUCCGGGUUCACUUCUCAACAUAAAGACUGAGUAAAAGCUGCCUCGAGAAUAACAUGUAGUCAGAGAGUGGGAACAUGUUUCUUGCAAGAGAAACACAAGCGUGGACCUUGGAGACGGAGCAACCAGAGCUUGUCAGUGCGCACAUGCCCUAAUGUGGGAGCAGCCAGGGGAGCCACUGUGUGCAUGACCCAGAGCAUUGCAAGCAGCCGUGCUCCUUGCGGUGUGCUUUGCAGAGCACUGGUGCAGUCUCUCCCCAUCAUUCUGGCUCUCCAUCCGUCCUGCAGCACCCUGGGACGCUCAGGAGGAUAUCUCCUUGAUAAACGCUCCAGCGGUGCUUUACGGCCCUAUAAAUAGGGAAUGUGAAUCGCAUAAUGGUGGCAUCCUGGCUGUACAUAAAGCCAUUGUGGCUCCGUGUGGGAGAGCUGAUGGAUUGCUGCUCACAAGACAACACUUACGGCUCUCGAGAGCUAACAGUGCUAAUUUAUGUUGUCAGCGGAACUCGCAGCGCUGGGAUGGCAGAAGGGGCUGGGGGGAUCCCCAGGGCUUGUCACUGCGUUGGGCUGUCCCUGCAUGGCUGCCUCCAGGGACCUGGCCUUCUAAUUGCCACCAUCCAUACGUGACCCCGGCUGCGCUCCUGUGCUGCGAUAGCAUCUCCCUGCCUCGUCUGCGGGACUGAAGUAAUGAAGCGGUAGUUAAUUGACAUGGAUUAGGACAUCCACUUAAGUACCCAAUGAGACAGCGGUGAUUGAUGCUGGCUACGUUCCCACCCCCACCUUGGACAUCACCGGGCUCUGCUUUUUCCCUGCAGAAGCCCAAAGCUUUGGGAGCAGCUCUGCAUGCCCUGAGCUCCAGCUGAGCCUGGAGUGGCUUUGCAUUAAAGAAAAGAAGCAGUGCAAUCUCAGAUGUUGGCAUGCAUCAUCUUCCAAAGAGCUCCUGAGAAGAAUAAACUCGUUUUCUACAAGUAGUUGCCUUUCAUAGGUUUUUCUUAUUAAGUUUUCCUUGAGAAGAUUGAACAUAUUAUUCAUCAUUUUGUUUCUUGCUUUUCUAAGAGGCUCUCUACCCUUUUUUGCAUCCUCUCAAGUGAAAUAUUCAGAAUUUCCUCUGCCAAAGUGGCACAUUCACUGGCAAAAUCAACGUUGCUCAUUGUGAUGGAUGAAGACAGAACCGUUUGUUCCAGGAGCUGUGCACGGGGUGUGCUGUGCAGGAUGGGUUCCCUGCAGCCCUGUAGGAAGGGAUGCAAUCCCAGCCCCCUCCUUGCACCAUCUCUAUGCACACCAUUGGCACACGGACACAGUGCUGGCACCCAGCUCAGUCUGCUGCACUGCACGCUUCUAAUUAAUCCUUUCUGUCUUCAGGUCAGGUUGCCCGCUAGGAAGCCAUGCUUGGAUGUUGAUAGCCAUGUUCCACCUCGCCAUGGACCUUGCCAGCUGCGAGCCCGCUGGGACCCGUCUCUCACCACGGUCGGCACAGCGGCACAGACUGCCCCGUGGUGUGCUGUGGAGCACAGGGGGCAGCGAGGAGCCCCGCCGCCCCAGCCCCCCUUGGCCCUGUGCCCCCCGUGCCCGUCGCCCACCCCCUGUCCCCCUGCCCCGCGCCCGGCGACAGCUACGGGGCCGUGGCUUUGCCCCACGUGAUGGACGGCCCACGGCGCUGCCCGAGGUCAUCGUUUGGGGCCCCACGGGUGAGGAGGACUCCCUGGAGAGCAGCACGCUGCCCAGCAUCUUCACCACCGCCGCCACCACCACCACCACCACCACCACCGCCGCCACCACCACCGCCACCACCGUUGCCACUGCUCCAACCCCCAGCAGCACAGCUCCCACGCCUGGCAUCGAGGAGCCUCGCGGCCGUCCCAGCACCUCUGAGCCAGCUGCCGGCCACAGCAGCGGUGGAAAGGACGCACGUCCACCCCGUGGCCUGGGGGACACAGCAGGUCUGGCGGUCCAUCAGAUCAUCACUAUUACCGUGUCCCUCAUCAUGGUCAUAGCUGCUCUGAUAACAACUCUUGUCUUAAAAAACUGCUGUGCGCAAAGCGGGGCCGCACGGCGCAACGGCCACCAACGUAAAAUCACGCAGCAGGAGGAGAGCUGCCAGAACCUGACCGACUUCACCCCCGCCCGCGUGCCCAGCAGCCUGGACAUCUUCACAGCCUACAACGAAACGCUGCAGUGCUCCCAUGAGUGUGUCAGGACGCCGGUGCCCGUGUACACGGAGGAGGCAUUGCACUCGCCUGGAGAUUACAAAGCAACCUUCAAUGGAAACAGACCCUCUUCUUCUGAUCGGCAUCUUAUUCCUGUGGCCUUUGUGUCUGAGAAAUGGUUUGAAAUCUCCUGCUGACUGGCCGAAGCCUGUUUUACUUCCCGGGCAGGGCAGACGCCGUCUGGCUGUUUCCUGGAUUCCAUUGGUGAACCUGUAAAAAAAAACAAAACAAUUAAACAAUAAUGGGUUACCUGUACCUACCAUUUCUGUUUACCAGUAGGAGACUCAAAGAGCAGCGUUCUAUGGGCCAAAUAUAUUUUUAUACAGAUGAACACGCCUGUAGGUAACUGCGUUUUUCAAUGAGAGCAUUUGGGGUUUUUUUGGUUUGGAGAAGAGAAAACGAAUCCCACGAAGGAAGAGGGAAACCGAGAAGAGCUGGAAGGAGCAGGACUGAGCAGCUGGAGCCUGGGAUACGGACUACGAUUCUGAACCUGUGCCAAUAAUACCAUUAUGUGCCAUGUACUGAUGCAAAAGACUUCGUGAGAAGCAGAAGCUAAGUCAGUAACACGCAGAAAUGCUACCGAGGACGGGGGGGGGGCGUCUCUUCCAAUGGGGUCUCAUGGAUUCCGGUCCACAUACAUACAUACAUACGAUAUAUAUACAGAGAAAAUAUAUACACACACAGAAACACUUUUUUUGUACUGUAGCAAUUUUUGGAGAUCUUAAAUACUCAUUUUUAAAGAAAACGUCACGGGCUAAAAGUCUGAUUUCUUUAACAUGCAUAAUACGACCUAGUUAAAGCGAUGUUUUCUACUUGGGCAGCUUGCCUUUCAAACCUAGAUGUGUAUAUAUAGAUAGACAUAUACAUAUAUAUAUGUGUGUGUGUAUGUAUAAGCAUAUAUAUGUAUGUAUACAUAGAUAGAUAGUUCUAUUUUUCAUUCUGGAGAUGCGUUUCCAGCUGUGGGUGCUCGCGCCGUGCAGCCCCGAUGUGACGGGCUUGGAGAGCUUUGAAAGAGGGUCUGGAGCAAGAGCAGGAUGGAAAAGGGGUUUUUCAGCUGUUUGCAGCCUGAGCGUUGUGGGGGUGGCACCCUCAGGGGACAAAGUCGGGGUCCAGAGGGGUCUGCUGGCGUCCCAUCGUGAGAUGCUUCCUGCUGUGCUGCUUCAGUGCGUGAAGGGCAGCAGAGUUCAGAUCAAAGUCCUCCGGUUCUUUUUGUAACCUGCCCUCCUGAGUGUCUGAACGGCUUUGUGGAGUUAUCCAGAUCCACGUUCCGAUCAUCUGCUCAAUCCUCAGCUCCAUUUCUUUAUUCUCAGUGUGUCUUUCCAAGAAAAGGCCUUUCUGGCACUGCCCAUCGCCAUGCAUGCAGCUGCUUCAUUCCAUAGCCUUCUCUGUCCUUUUCUGAUGGGGUUCUGUAGCCUGGAGCCUUUUCCCCCAUCUUAUGGGAGCUGCCCCACGUAGAAGUCUUCCGUGCCAGAGGUGGAUGUGAACUGAUCAUGCCUGGGAGCACCAGCAGCAUUCCCUAUGGCCCUGGGGCAGCUGAGCAGCCUGCAGAGCUGGGCACAGGGUUAUGAUGGGUCUGGAGGGUUUUAUUCCAUAGAGCUGGUUCCUUUUGCAGCAGGCUCCCUGCCCCAGGCCUUUGUGUGUUGCUGAUGUGAGCGGUGCAGCCUGUGCUAAUGAUUGUCACUAUCACAAUGCUUCAGUUUUCCUUCUUUGUCUCACUUCUCUGGCUCCGAUCCACUCCAGCUCUGCCAUCGUGUUGUGCUUUACCCAUUGAUCCUUCUAUUUAUUUGUAUCUGCUGGCUGCACCGAGUCCUUCCCGUGGGUAUUCAGUGUAAUCUUGAUAGCAGUUUGACAUCAUGAGAUAUAUCUGAGUCCCUCAUUCCUGGCACCGGGAGCAUCGUGGAGGGCUCCUUCUCUUAGGGAGCUGCUACCUGGAGCUUGGUCAGGUUGAGCCACUGGGAAGGGGAUGUGUCUGCGUGCCUGUAUGUCAGGGAGCACAGUCAGACAGCUCCAACCCCAGGCAGGGCUCCAUUGCCACGAGCUUCCCCUGCUCUGCAGAAGGACAUGGCCUGGCCACCCCAAGGCUGCUCAGCACGGAGCCAGGAGACAAACGUAGAUGCACAAUCUUCCCUUAUUUAUAAGGACCAACAGCACUUGCACUUUAUCAGAGAAAUCCUCACAUCCCUAUGCAUGCCAAGCACACCAAGAAAAGGAACAACUGCCAGUAGGAAAGAAAGGAAAGGAGGGAGGAGCAGAGAUGCGAAUGUGGUGGUUCACCAGGCAGGACUCAGCAUCCUGGUGCUGUCGUUUCUUUCAUUCCCUGCUAUUGAUGAGAACCAAAAAAAAAACCCAACCAAAAAAAACAUGAGACGAAAACAUGGAGCUGUGUGUUCCCAGGGAAGUGGUGGAGUCUCCAUCCCUGGAGAGGCUCAAGAAAUACAGAGAUGUGGCACUUGAGGACGUGGUUUAGUGGCGUGGUAGCGGUGGGUUGGGGUUGGACUUGAGGAUCUUAGAGGUCUUUUCCAACCUGGAUGAUUCUUUGAUUGUAUGAUUCUGUGUUAGUGGAAUGGACCUGUUGGGGAGCCUUAUUGCAUGGGGGAAGAGCAAGAAGUGCAGUGUUUGCAGGCGCCUUCUGAUGAGCUGUGGCUGCCCCAUCCCACUGCUAUCUGCUGCAGCAACAGAUGACUGCUCUGCAUGGAUGCCUUCAGCCCUUUGCAGACAGCAGCUCGGCUCUGAGCUGGUGGUCAUUGCUCCAAGUUCCACUGAUGUGAGCCAGCCCAAAGCUCAUUCAUCAAUAACUGGGAGGCUCUGCAGAUGCUGCUGCUGCCGCUGAGUGCUUGGAUGUGCUGGAACUGCUUGCCCGAGCAGCAGGGCUGGCUGCUUUGCAAGGACAUGUGCACAUUUGGAGAAUUAGGCCUUGAGAAAGGGUUUUUUUCUUUUGUCAUUCAGCAGCUGAGCCUGCUUUCCAGCCAAACAGCAGUGCACAGGCAGUGGGAAGCACUGUGCCUUUCCAUGCUGGGCGGUCAGAGCGCCGGGGCCAUGCCAUGCUGUCAAGUUGUGCUUGGUGCAAGCAAGCUGGCAGCUCAGAGGAAGAGUUGGGAUGUUUGCUCUGCCAUAAGCUUCCAGCCAACCUCUUUUCAGUUCAUACUAUGGCUUUCUUACUCCUUUAGUGGUUCUCAAGAAAUACAUCCCAGCUGCCAGGUCCCCAGAUGCGUAGCGGUGCAUUUGUGUUUCACUGUGGCUCUGUCCCAUUGCAGGUAAUGGGAACGAGCCCCUUCCCAAUGCUCCCUGGGGGUUGAGGGGCUGGGUACCCAGGUGGCUGCCCAUAUCUCAACACCCAAUGGUUUACCUUCCUUCUGUCUUCCCAGCGAGAGAAAUGGGCAUCCCACUGCAGGUUUUCAUGGGAGCACCACUGGGAAGGAGCGCUCCCACAGCAUCCUUGUGACUCAAAUUCAUUUCCAGCGUAGGUAGGAAUGUGGAGUAGUGACAGCAGAGCAGGCGUAACGAUGACAAGAGCGCCGCAGAGAUGGAUUUCAGGUUACCUCUUCUCCAUUGGCAGCUUGUUACAAAGGAAAGGUAAUACAGCUAAAAUGGUAGUUAAAUAGUAGAUAUUCUACACAUAUUAUAUAUUUUGUAAAAAAAAAAGAAAAUAGAAUAAAAAUAUAUAUAUAAUAACUCAGCCCACCCGUUCCCGGAUGACUGCGGUUGGAGUUUUUUCAUUCAACCAGCUGUAAAAUGUGUACGUGAGUUUCUCAAAACCAGCAAGAAAUCCCCUCUCCAUCUCAGACAGCUGUGGGUCCGUUUGGGCCUGCGGGGCUCACCCAGCGCUUCUCACUCAUUUUUAAGGAUGAUCCUCAGCAUUUUUGUAGGGUACAUUUUUAAACGGCGCCACGAGUGGAGAUAUUUACCUGGAGACAAAGCAUACGUUGCACAACAAAAAAUGUACACUAAGGGCACAGAUUUCUGACCCAGAUUCUUCUAUUUUAGGUUCCGAGGGGUUUAUUUUUCUGUUCGAUAGGACAUGUACAGUGAAGUUUACAGUUUAUUUUGCCAAAAAAAACCCAACAACCACGUUUUCUAACAUGAGACAGCUUUUACUUUGUAACCGGUUUUACAUCAUGGAGUACUUUUCUUUCUGUUUUUUUUCUCUUUUUUGUUUGUUUUCUGGGAAAAUUCUGUAACGUGAGGCAUCGAUGCGUGGCGGUACAUCACGGGGACACGGCCUGGGGCACACAGCCCAGCACUGCUUAUGUGCACAGAGGCUGCGGUUGAUGGAAGGAAAGAUGGACAGAUAGGCAGAUAGACAGGCAGACAGACAGACAGAUGGACCAGCGGACAGACAGGCAGACAUACGGACAGAUAGGCAAACAGAUGGACUGGUGGGCAGACAGAUGGACUGAUGGACAGACAGAUGGACUGAUGGACAGACAGGCGGACAAACAGGUGGACAGAUAGGAAGACAGGUGGACAGACGGACCACUGGAUGGGUGGACAGACAGGCUGACAGAUGGACAGGCUGGGCAUGGCAGUCCCAUGGCACUGGGCAGCCCUGGCACUCUGUGUACCCGGGGCCGGGCUGCCCUCAGCCAGCUGUGGUUCCACACAGGUGAAUAUUUUAUUCUGGAGUGCUUUUCUUUUUUAAUUUGUCUCUGUACUUCAAAGCUGUGUAUUUGGAAGCACUGUAAAUGCGACCCUAUACCGAUUUCCCUGUGUAUAUUUAGUACUCUGAUGUUGCUAUUAAAACUGAUAUGAGAACCGUG